AUGGCUUGGGGUCGCGUCUCGCUCGUGCGGGCACUCGUUCUCGGGCUGCUCGCUCAGGUGGCAAUCGCCGAGGUCGACGCGGACACGCAGGCCAAGGCAGAUGCUCCACCAGCGGGUGGCUCUGCCGAGGGCCUGGCCUUUGAGCCCAUCGAAAAACCCGAAAUCUUCGCCGACAAUGCGACAGCGCCAACAACCACGUCGUCGGCCGCCACGCCGGGCAAGACGGCGCCGGUCGAGGGGUGGUGGGAGUCCAAGAUCUGCUCGGGGGAGUAUUGCGUCUUCACGAACCGGCACGUGGGCCGGGGGCGGGGCAUCGUGAUGGUGACGACCCUCGAAGAUUUCCAGAAGGUGAAGCAGGCCGAGUCGCACCUCAAUAAGGCCGAGAACAAGUACUCCGAGAACCCGGCGCCGUUCCACGAGGUCGAGGUCAUGCACAAGGGCCUGGGCCUCGCGGCCAACAAGACGAUACGGCGCGGCAAGCCGCUCAUGUCGUGGGGCCCAGCGCUGAUGGUGCACAAGGACGUGCUGGACGUGAUGCGCAAGCCGGAGCGGGUGCGGCUGCUCGAGACGGCCGUGGCGUACCUGCCCGACGCGACGCGGGCGGCGUUCGACCGGCAGCGGGCGGGCGGGCCCAAGGGCGAUGAGCGGCGCAGCGUCGAGCAGAUCCUGCGGUCGGCGCCGUUCGAGAUCGACCUCGGCUUCGGGCAGUGGAAGAACACGCAGGGCGGCGAGGAAGAAGACCAGAAGCACUCGCGCCACAUAGCCAACUACCCCGAGACGGCGGUGCUGCAGCACGACUGCCGGCCCAACGUGGCGCACUACAUCGACAGCUCCAUGGCCAUGCACGCCGUUGUGGCCCGCCGCACCCAGCCCGGCGAGGAGCUGACCAUCACGUAUGUCGACCCGCUAGACCCGCGCCCCAAGCGCCAGUCGUGGGUUAAGCGCCACCGCGGCUACGGCACGCCGUGCGGCUGCGACGCCUGCACCAAGAAGAGCCGGGUGGCCGAGCUCGAGGCGUCGGACGCGCGCGUGGCCGAGCUGCAGGAACUGCGGGUCAAGCUGCGCAACCACGAAUCGGUCGUCUCGCUCGACGAGAUCGCGCACUUCCUCGACCUGCUCGACAAGGAGCGCCUGCACGUCAAGAUGGCCGAGGCCUACGAGCUGGCUGCCGUCAACUACAACUACCUCGGCGAGGACAAGAAGGCCAAGAAGUACGCCGACCUGUCGGUACAGGCCGGCAUGAUCGAGGGCGGCUCCGACUCCAACGAUGUCGUCGCCAUGCGCGUCAUGGCCUCGGACGUCAAGGGCCACUACUCGUAUCAGUAUACCCUGAAGCGCCAGGGGAAGGUGCCCAAGAGCAGCUGA